CACAUUGAACGAGAGCUAGAAAAAACACGGGAUCCUGUUAAAAGAGGAAAGCUAAAAGAUAUGAUGUCUGUUCAUAAUCAAAGGCAAAUGAAAGAGAGAAGAUACUACUACAAGAAAAGGGAAUUGGCUAGGGGCAACCCCAGCCAUUUUCUUAGUAUUAUCAUUGAUGGCAUGGACCAGAGUAAAACUAAUUUGCCACAUUUCACAGGAAGACUUAUGAAGGGUGUAGACCCAAACAGUUUUUUGAAGACUCAUAUUCAAGGAGUAUUGAAUCAUGGACUAGAAUCACUAGAUUUGUAUGUGGAUAUUAAUGUGGAUGCAAAUCUAGUGAUGAAUAUCAUAUUGAAAAGCACAUACAAGGCUUUAUUAAUAACUGGAUUUCUACAGAGCACGUUUUACAUUCAAGCUGACAACUGUGCCAGAGAAAAUAAGAAUAAAUUUGUCCUUGGUUUCUGUGAGCUACUUGUUACUUUGGAUAUAUUCAAAGAAGUCCAUUUAUCAUUUCUCCAUGUUGGACAUACUCAUGAAGACAUUGAUGCUUCCUUUUCCCAAUUAUCAAUGAAGUUGAGAAAAUCUGAUGCAGAGACGAUGCCAAAACUUCUUUCACUUCUAAAUGGAGCUAAGCAAUUAAGAGGUCUUUUUGACAUCAAAACCUGGCUGGAACCAUGUUUGAAUCAGAUCAAAAAACAUUCCAAACCACUUCAUUUUAAGUUCAACAGAGACAUAUCCCAGAGAGUUGUUAUGCACUACCGGCCCAACAGCAGUCGACCAUGGACUCCCACUGUAGAAACUAUGCUCCAUGCAGUCCCUUCUGGCAAACCACAAAUACUCAUACCUCCAAACUUCCAUAAAAUUGAUACAGCAGCCAUAAGGAAAAACAUCGAAAAACUACAUGUACUCAAGACCACAAGUAUUCAAAUGGAGGAUUGA